AUGGAAUAUAAAAUAGGACUUGUUUUCCUCCUCUUAGUCUUAACAUUAACAAUAGUAACUGAAGCAUCUGAAAACUUCUCAGGUCUUGUUAACAAUGCCAAUAAUGAUCUCAUUGAAGAUGAUACUGAGUUUCUAAUGAGUUCUAAAGGAAGACAUAAGUACAUCAGUUAUGGUGCACUUCGAGCUAAUGGAAUACCAUGUGGCUGGCGUGGUCAGUCCUAUUACGAUUGUAAUAAGAGGCAACAGGCUAAUCCAUAUCGUCGUGGUUGCAACAGAAUUACACAUUGUGCCAGAAACACCGGUUAA